CCCGGGAGGGGUGCGGCGCGGGGGGCGGUCCCGUAGCCCGGACCAUGGAGGGGCAGAGCGGCCGCUGCAAGAUCGUGGUGGUGGGGGACGCGGAGUGCGGCAAGACGGCGCUGCUGCAGGUGUUCGCCAAGGACGCCUACCCAGGGAGUUAUGUCCCCACUGUGUUUGAGAACUACACCGCGAGCUUUGAGAUUGACAAGCGCCGCAUUGAACUCAACAUGUGGGACACUUCAGGUUCCUCUUACUAUGAUAACGUCCGGCCUCUGGCCUAUCCUGACUCGGAUGCUGUGCUCAUCUGCUUCGACAUUAGCCGGCCAGAAACACUGGACAGUGUUCUCAAGAAGUGGCAGGGGGAGACUCAGGAGUUUUGCCCCAAUGCCAAGGUUGUGCUGGUUGGCUGUAAACUGGACAUGCGCACCGACCUGGCCACGCUGAGGGAGCUGUCCAAGCAGAGGCUUAUCCCUGUUACACAUGAGCAGGGCAGCGUGCUGGCCAAGCAGGUGGGGGCUGUGUCCUAUGUUGAGUGCUCCUCCCGGUCCUCUGAGCGCAGCGUCAGGGAUGUCUUCCAUGUGGCCACAGUGGCCUCCCUUGGCCGUGGCCACCGGCAGCUGCGCCGUACUGACUCACGCCGGGGACUGCAGCGGUCCACUCAGCUGUCAGGACGGCCGGACCGGGGGAAUGAGGGAGAGAUGCACAAGGAUCGAGCCAAGAGCUGCAACCUCAUUGACAUUCUGCCCCAGGAACCAUCCCUGGACCUCCCCUCCCCCAGCCUCUGCCAGCUCUUCCAGACAUACUCUCGGAGAGAUCACAGACCUUACCCUCCAGUCUGCUGGGAUCCCACCCUCAUUUGCAGCCCAUCCCUCCUCAUUCAUUCAGCAAAUACAUACUAAGGACCAACUGUGUGCCAGACACUGACUUGGGAGAUUGAGAGGAAGGACCAGUCUCUGCGCUUUGGAAGCCAGACCGGUGGGAAGAAAGGUAGCCCAGGUGUGUUGGUGGCUUGAUGGAAAGAUGGAUGUUCAAGGUGCUGCAAGCUCCUGACAGCUUGGGAGGGCAGUAUUCUGAGCCAGGUCCUGAGGGUUGAAGGGGAGUUCGUCAGGUAGAGAAGGGUUAGGAAAGCCACUCCAGGCAGAGAGUUCAGCAUGUGCAAACACAUGGAGAUGAGAAAGAGCGUGAGACAUUUGGGGCUCCCAUGGAAGGGAGAGAACAGGAGACAAGGCUUGAAAGUUUCAUUGUGGUCCCUGCAGGGCCCACAAAGGAGCCAGGAUUUCAUCCUGAGGAUGUGAGGAGCUACCAGGGAUUUCAAGCAGAGAAUGAAGGGGUCAGAUUGGUGUUUUGGAUGGACAGUUAGCUGGAUGUGGUAUUGGGGGCUGGGGACUUGGCUCUGAAAUGUUUCAUUUUAAAUAGUUUCUCCUCUCCCUCUGCCAGGCCCCAGUCUUGAAAGGAAAGGAACUUCCAACCCCCUUGCUGGCUCAGCCGAUGCAGCUCUCCCACCCCUUCCCACUGACUGCUGUCCUCAUCUCUCAGCAAAUCUCCCCAAGCAUCCUGGGACAGCUUCAAGGGCACUGGGCCUUAAACUAGCCCCGCAGACCACCCCUCAACCUGAGACCUGGUGAAGGGCUGAUACCAAGACCCUCCCCAGGGACCCUGAGCCCUGGGCUGAGGGUGCUGGAGAGAGGUGGAGGUGCAGCUCUUGGGCCCAGCUAGGUGGGUCCCCAUUUGGUCCCAGAGGGCUCUUUCCCCCACAGGAACCUGUGGACACUCGGCAUUCAUAGCCAUGUGGCUCAUCCACUUUGGACUUGGGUACUGAAACCACCAAAGUGCAGGGUGUUUGUGUCCCUUCUCUUCUCCCAACCUCUCUCUCCUGCCAUUUGCACUCAGGGAAUGCAAAAGCAUUUCAAUAUCUGCCUAAAGCAAACAUAAUUAGGAAGAUAAAUCAGGAACUCUCAAAGUUUAAUACAUUUAUAACACCACCAGGAACGGAUUUUGGUCCUCUCUGCCAGACAUUUUAUUUCAGGGGGAGGGGGCAUGCCUCUGGGUUGAGGGGCCCAAUGAGUGGGAGGAGGGACUGGGGCUGUUCUUUGAUCCUCAAAGGCUGAAGGGAGGAGGACCUUACCCUCCCCACCCCCACCCCAGAUGCAGGAGUCAGACCCAGCUUCCCCCUCUGCAGCUGUUUCCCCCACAAAUUAGAUGCCCACAUGGGAAACAAUGUAGCCUC